AUGGUGGACUGGAGCACCGUGGUUAUUGCUUUUACCCGAACGUUGACCGGAUUUGAAAUUACCUGUAAAAGACACUUCAGAAGUAUCGCUGGAAGAACGAAAGAUACCACUAGUCGCCAUGAGCGUCACGAAACAAAACAUCCGCUUGCGGCUCUACUGGCUAGUUUUUAUCAUUUAAAGCUACUGCACGCAGGGCCACAACUCCUCAAGCCCACACUAGUCCAGCAGAGCACGGCUGAUCUUCCGUCAUCACGCGUGUCACCAACGCGACCGUUUUCAAUUUGCGGAGUCGAUUAUUGCGGACCAUUCUAUCUAAAGUCUGCAGUCCGUAACCGUGGUCCAAGGAAGGUAUAUGUGGCCAUAUCCGUUUGCUUUUCUACAAAGGCCGUUCAUAUCGAGCUAGUGAGCGACCUAUCUACUGCUGCGUUUCUAGCUGCGCUCCGCCGUUUGAUCGCUCGCAGAGGAAGGUUGAUAGAACUGCAUUCGGACAAUGCAACUGCAUUUAAAGGUGCUUUGAAUGAGCUCAAUCGUAUUUAUCGCAUGCUGAAGGUCGAAGAAUCUGAUCGGAAUCAGAUAUUCAAUUGGUGCUCUGAAAACGAAAUCCGUUGGAAGUUCAUUCCACCACGAGCUCCCCAUUUUGGCGGGCUUUGGGAGGCCGCAGUGAAAUCAACGAAAACACACUUACUGAAGGCUAUUGGCAAGAUCAACAUCGCUUAUGAAGAUAUGCCAACACUACUGGCACAGAUAGAAAUGUGCUUAAAUUCUCGUCCGCUCACUCCAAUGCCAAGCGAUCCAGCUGAUCUCGAAGUGCUCACGCCUGGGCAUUUUCUCGUCGGAAGCAACCUACAAUCUGUUCCAGAGGCAGAUCUGAAAGCGAUUCCUGACAAUCGGUUAAACCACUGGCAAUUGACACAGAAACGGUUACAAACUAUAUGGUCGCGAUGGUAUCCAGAAUAUUUGCAACAAUUUCAGUCUCGUGCUACGAAGGGCUGUAACCCACCUGUUUCUAUCGAUGUUGGCAGAAUCGUCAUCGUGAAGGAAGACAAUAUUCCUCCAGCCAGUUGGCCUCUUGGCAGAAUCAUCAAAUGUCAUCCUGGACCUGAUGGCAUCGUUCGUGUGGUCACACUUCAAACCGCCACAUCCAAGGAAGUUGUACGACCAGUAGCAAAAAUUGCACUGCUCCCAACACCACAACAAACACAACGAGUCAACUAA